AAGGUAAAAUCAUGCCCUCUUUAGUAUUUUCUUUUUUUUGACAGAUAGAUGUGUGCGUGACUACCAGAUAUUCCUCUCUUUUGUGUGUAAUUGCCCUGUAUUGUUUGCUUAUUGCAACAGGUGUCUUUUAUUUGAUUUGUUCUCAGCCUUGCAAUGCUAUUUUUAUCACUGUGCCAUGUGUGUUGGUAGGUACAGCAAAACUCCCACAUUUUAGGGCUUUAAUGAAAUAUGCCAGUUGGUGGAGCUGGUGAGGUCGAUAUAAUGACGUCAUGGCAAUAUCAAAUUCCAUCUUUACAAAAAAAAAGGGACCCUGAUUUAGAAAAAAGCUCUUCUCUCACUUUUGUAUGUUUCUCAUGAUAUUACUUAAAAUCAGUCAACAUAUUCAUAAAGAAAUUAGAGCUUGAAGCAGAAUUAGAAACUCUGUUUUGGCUUACGGAUCAAUCUAAUUAUUCGAGAAGAUGAUUAAUUCCAUCCUUCCAUUAUGAUUCUUUUGAAAGGGACAAUUAAUCGUAAACAUAUGUUGCUGUCUGUGGUGAAUAAAAAGGAUUUGGCAGUUGGUUUUAGGGAUAUUGGUGGUGUGUGCAUGCAGAAUAAAGUAAUUGUUGAACAGCAAAAAAGGAGAGUGAUAAUGUGGAGAGUGUACAUGUAUGUUGUAUUUUGCUGGAAUUGGUGGAUUUAAGUGCUGGAAACUGGGUUACUGCAAACGAAUUGGUUACAUAAGCUCACUGGAUACUUGGAAUGAUCUUGUCUGGAGCAUUCUGUGGAACUGCAUGAUGACUACUGAAGCUGUACCUGUUCAGUGUCUCAGUUGAUGUCAACUUGCUUUCAUUUUAUAAGUCUUCGUCAGAGAAGGAUUAGAUGUGUGCCUCUGAACUUUGUCACUAGCUGCAUUGCUGGAGCUGUGGGGACUUUCAACAUUGGAAUUUUCGAUAAAUUAAGUCACAUGAACCAUUGAAAUCCUGGAGAAAAGAAUAAUUGGUUUGAAAUCUUUGACAAAAAUGAAGAAGCUCUAUAUUUUGUUUGUUUGGACAAUUAAAAAGAGUUCUUCUACGCCCUGAGGAUGGUGUUGAACUUUUUUACAUGUCCAAUGUGCAGCGUGUUUGGUCAGAAUGCCUUUUCUGUUGCACAUUUUACCAGCCAUAGCUUUAAGUCUGGCAACCCUUCUUACGCAAUGUGUGCAAUCACGGCAGAUGUAUGUGUCACCCCAGCCGGUCACUUUGCGGACACUUUAUGCUCAAGACAUAGCAACAGUUUCCGUGGUGCCCGAGGAUGCCACCUGUGGAAUGCAGGGGAUGCAACAGAUUUGCUCCUUGGCUGACCCUCAGAUGUGUGAGAACUGUCUAGCAUCCGACCCAGUCAUUGCUCACCGACCCGGAUUUAUCUUAGACUCUCGCAACGGCACAUACUGGCAGUCAGUCCCCUGGGGGGAUGCCUACCCGUCUCCUUUUAUCAUCUACGUUACAGUGUCCCUGCGCAACAAGAUACACAUCCUGCAGGGCGACAUCACCAUGAGGUUCCGGAGUGGGGCACCUGAGGCCAUGGUGCUACAGAAGUCGCGAGACGGAGGGACAACGUGGGCAAUUUACCAGUACUUCUCCACCAACUGCACGGGUGAUUUUGGGAUGGAGGAGACGAACUCCAUUUCUGUAGUCCCAGGGGAGAUCUUAGAGCCCUCGUGUGUGAACCACAACAUCAGCUCUGAGACCGAACCGGGGGUGUCUGUAAUCAAGUUUGACUUGAUGGGAAGGGUAAACGGCCUGAUAGGGAACAUGGCAGGGAAUCAGGAGUCCUUCUUUGCUGAGUUUGAGAAGCGUGGACCUCUCUGGGAGUUUCUGACACUAACCGACCUGAGAUUGAUCUUGAUUCGACCUGCAGGCUCUUCAAUUGAUGGAGUUAGUAAUGGACCCAAAUUGCAUUAUGGGAUUUAUAGUCUUGAUGCUGAUUUAAGUUGUGACUGCAACCUGCAUGGGAGGUAUUGCAAAUUUGACAACUCAACUAGUCAAGUCCAUUGCAGCUGUCUUCACCACACUGAAGGACUGAACUGUGAGCAGUGUCAGGCAGGGUACCAGGCAUUGCGAUGGCAACCUGGGUCUUAUCUUCCCUUCCCCAUGGGAACAGCCAAUGAGUGCCAAGAAUCUCUAACGCUAACUCAGGAGGCCAGCAACACUCCAGGCCAACCCUUAACCACAGCAAAAUCCUCGGUGACAGACCCAGCCACAGAUACAGCAACAAACCUAGUGAACAGCACUGUGACAGAAUCAGAGACUCUGGUAGGGACAGUUGCUGUGACAGAAGCCGGGACAGACCCAGUACCAAGCUCAAGGGGACCAACACUGGAUCCCAGACCAUGCAUACCUGACCCAUGCCAGGGAAACGGGGAAUGCAAGCUUGAGAAUUCAGCAUCUGGCUACAGAUGCAGUUGUUAUGUUGGGUUUGCAGGAUAUGCCUGCGAGAUUAACCUGAACCCUUGCCUGAGCAAUCCUUGUGAUGAAGUCGAGAUGGUCUGCAUCAGUGAUCGCUACAAUCACUAUCGUUGUGCACCAUGGUCCGAGGUGAAUGGCACUAAACCAUCUAUUCUUAGCACUACGGUACCCAUGGAUACUUCGCUGACUGGGCCAACCCUAGGCAUAAUCAUUGGCCUAUGUUUUGCAGCACCACUCUUCUGUUUAUGGAUUUGCCUCAUAGUCUGGUGGACGACUUGGCGCAAGUUGCACGCCGACGAUCACAAGAAGUACAGCAUCAAGUACGCCGAGGAGGCAGCCAGUAAAUACAGCAGCCCAAAGUACAAAAUGGGCAAUGCCAAGUCUUGGCUGAUCCCAGACGGCCGUAGUUCCAUGCGCGCUCACAAGAUGCGUGACCGCUGGCUGAUCCACGAGUCACAGGUGGAGCUGGGCAAGCUCAUCUACAGUGGGGAGUUUGCCUACAUCUGCGAGGGCAUGUACAAGGACAAAGAGCGGGAUGCUGCCCAGAAAGUGGUCGUCAAACUUCUGAGAGAUGAGAAUGAUGAAGACUCGCUAAAUGAGCUGAAGAAUGAGUUUGAGGUGCUUGCCUGCGUGGGUCGUCAUCCCAAUGUUGUCUGGCUACAGGGCAUGUGCACCAGAGUGUUGGAAGAAUCAACUCAGACAUGUCUAAUCAACGAAUAUGUGGCUCGUGGCGACAUGCUGCGCAUCCUACGUCGCGGGCGAUGCAGGCGUAGGGAUCAGCCUCCCUACUCGCCUACCCCAGUGGAUGAACUAAUGAGCUUUGCCUGUGAUAUUGCCCAGGGCAUGAGACACAUCACUCUUCUCAAAUACGUACACCAUAACCUGUGUGCAAAGAAUGUCCUCAUUACCUUCAACAACAAGGCCAAGAUUGCAGACUUUGGCAUGGCAAAGGGGCUGCCCGAAACCUCGUGCUUUGUACCCUACACGGAACACCGAAAUAAACAUAUUAAACGAUGGAUGGCCUAUGAAGCCCUACUGGAGAAUGUGUACAGCAUCAAAAGUGAUGUAUGGUCUUUUGGGGUAGUGUUGUGGGAGAUCGUAACUUUAGGUGGCAUGCCUUACCACAACAUCAAGACUCACGACCUGUACAGCGAGCUGCGAGAUCACAAUCGCAUGGAGUGGCCGCAGCACUGCUCGCCAGAGAUGUAUGAUCUGAUGCUCCGCUGCUGGCACCGUCGGCCUGAGAGCAGGCCCUCCUUUGACAUGCUGUGCACUGAACUCAAAAAGAUGAAGCCAAUGGCUAAGAAACACCUGAAUUUGAAGGGGUACACCUACCAGCUGUACGUGCCAGUCAAGCUGGAAGAGGACUUUAUUGACACCACGCAGGAUGCAACAUUUGUCUGACUGGAGGACACAAGACACCAAAAGCCUCGCUCCAGAAUCAACAUGGACACCACACAGUAUGUAAAAUCUGGGUUACUUUCAGCAGUCAGCAGUGUCUGAAAAGAUCUCAAGACUCUGAUUGCACAACUAGAAGGCAAGGUUCCAUAGCAAACCUUUUUAGAUGUAAAAAUCUUGCCUGCGUUGGGAAACAUGAAAAGGAAUUUGUUAUUAUUAUACCAAUGAAUUUCCCAUUUUCCCCUUUUUUUGCACCUGCAAGUGGUCAUUGUGCUACUUCAAAGCAUUUUAAUGGGGUCAAUGCCAUUUCAGUAGGGGUAAAUGAUGAAUGAAUAUGCAACUCAUUGCACUAUUUCUAUGAGAUCUUGUCCUGAGAGCCCAAGCAUCAUUUUAAUCAAAUGGUCUUAUCGUACAACUGUAAAAAUGGAGAGGACCAAUUACCUUAAAUUGUUAUGAACUUCUUUGUAGUUGGAAUUUGCCUAAGACCAAACCCUUUGGUGUCAUUGUCAACAAUGGAAAGUACUGUACACAAAUAUGCCUUCUUCUGGUCUUCCCCAAGUUAUAUUCAUCAUGUUUAUAAACUUAAUACAAAUGCAAAUUGUUUUAUAUCUAAACUUUUUGUCAUAAGAGAUCUGUAAGAGUUUCUUUAUUCUCAAAGUAUCUGUAUUCCAGCAAAAGGUGUUUAGAAUUAAUGUAAAUGUGGCCUUCAGGAAAACAGUUAUAAAUCUUUUUAGAUAAUAAAAAUAGGUUUUGAUGUCCCCCGUCUUGUUUACUAGCCACAAGUCAUCUUGAAAGGCUGUUUUUAUUGUUGAUCCUAAAGCAAUGAUUUGGUGGAAUUGCAUACAAAAACCUAAUCAUUAAACAAUUAAAUGAUUAUUUAACAUUUUUUUUUAUUUAAAUGUCCAAAUUAAUUGAAAAUAAUGUUUUGUAUAGGGCCUGGUGCAUGGUGACAUUAACUUUUUAUAGUAGCAAAAUGUAAGAACUUUUAUAUAUGGUUGUGGAUGUACAUGUUAUAUUUUGUAAAUGAUGCGAAAUAACAGAGGUCAUAAUACUGAGGUAUUCCAAAUACAUAUAUCUGCAAAAGACUUCAAACCAGGUACAGUAUAUGUGUUUCUGAAGUCUUGCAUAUGGGAGCUUUGACAGCCAAUAUUGUUUGGUGAUUGUUUCAAGGUUUUAUGAUCCAUCUGGUCUUUGAUAAUGGGGGAGGGCUUUGGAUUUAAAGUGCUAGCAUUUUAUAACUGGUACUGUACUAUGUACUACCUUUAUUUGGGCAAGGGGGGUAAGGAUUCUUUUGAGAAUGAAAAAAAAUUGAUGAUCAUUUUUGAAAAAGUCUGCCCCCCAACCCAAGACCUGAAUAGGCCACCCAUGCAUUUGUGUUCUUCCUAAAAAUAACUCAGCAAUUCAGAAUUAUUAUCAACGAAGUUUCAAAUCUUAAAUAUGGCUUCCCUAAAAUACAUUAUAAUACUUGUAACUGGUUCAUGUUAUUUUGUCUCUUCAUCAGGUUCUCAGAAUAAAAGUUAAUGAUUUUUUAAA